AUGCCUUAUCCAAAAUACUGUCGCUGCUGGCUGGAUAACAUGAAGCGCGUGGUGGCGGUGUACAAGAAAGUCCUCGCGCACGCGCGGCAGAUCAGCGCAGGCGCCAAGAUCCGCGGCUUCGCGUCCAACGUGGCCAACUACAACCCGCUCUUCGCCUACCGCUGCCCGGCAUCAGAGAAAUGCCCGCUCGUGAAGAACCCGAGCACGGGCGAAAUCAACUACGACUCGAACCCUUGUAUCGACGAGAACCGGUUCACGUCGCUGAUGAAUGCGUACCUGGGAGCCUUGGGAUUGCCGACCAGGAAAAAACUGGGCAACUCUCCCGUGGAUCGCGAAUGCGACCCGCUGGACCAGCUGGGUGUGGAAGCCCUAGCUGACGCGCCCCGCGCUGGCCAAUGGUUCCAGGCAGAAUUCGCCAUGCUGGUUCGCAACGCCGGUCCGCCCUUCCCUGCUGCAACCAUGGACCUGAGCGGGAAGUGA